GUCUCGAACAUACGAGGUGUCUCUCACUAACACAAACGUCACGACUUGGAAUCAAAGAAUCCAUUGAUCGCGCAUGACGAGUUUAACAGACCACACACGGAAGGAAACACUAUCGUAUGUAUCGAAUCGAUCGAUAGGAAGAAUAGAACCAUCAUCGAAGUAGGUCUGCUCGAUUCAAUAGCAAUACAUUGUACUGAUUUCGAUAACUCAAGUAUUCCGUUCUGAUACAACAGCAUUUCCUCCCGUGUAUACAUUUAAGAUAAUAAUAAUACCCGGGAUCGACGUCGGUGUAACGUAAUUAUUCGUGAAUAAAAGAAGCGUGCGGCCCGGCAUUAAUCAUCGAUGAUUCGCCGAAGUUACCGGUAUCCUCCAACGUAACGCUCAAAUAAAACAGCGGCCCACAAAUCGGCGGUAUUUUCCGUGAAAAGAGCGGAGGAAGAGUGGCCGAGUAGAGUUCAUAAUAGAAUCCGCAGGAAAAUACUCGCGAAAUUAUUCGCAAUCGCCGCGCCUCACCUCACCGUUACGUGAAACCGCUCGUUUAUAAAGCUACAUUUAUCUACUUAUCGACGUAUUGGAUGAACAAAAAUUACCGUUGAUUCAUCACGCGCAUUUUCCUCGAACGGGAUCGAUCGAUCGAGUCUCCGCACGAUGAUAUUCGCCACCACUUCGUUUAUCUCUUUUGUAAACUGCUUAGGCACACACGCGUAUCAUCUGUCACAUUUUGUGGAUGUGUGUAUAUGCGUGUGUGUAGACGUUCGAGUAAUCGGGUAUUCCCCGGCAUGUCGUCCCCACUCCGCCAAGACGGUAUCGUCCGGAAAAACCGCAGCCGGACGCAUACCGACGACGACCGGUCGCCUUCUUGGUCGGUCGCGAUAAUUUCGCCAUUUCCGUAUCGUUCGUCGAAAACCAUCGUGCGUCGUGAUUGUCCCUUUCUUUUUUUUUCUCUUCUCUCUUGAUGACUGCCGAGGCAUGUCAUGUUACGGUCAAGGACGCUGCCGCUUCUGCUGCAAGAGGCACACCUUGCCGAUCUUCGGCCAGGACGAAACGGCUCACGCGCUCUUGCGAGAUCCGAAUUUCAAGCCUGUGGUUCUGAACACAGUUUGUUCUCCUUGUAUCGCCAAGAUCGAGGAUUACUUCAAAAGGGCCGGCCUGCGACUGCCAGUCGGCGAGACAAUCGCAAGGGAAGUUCGCGAAGAUCCGGGCGCGGAAGUGAUCGGUGUCUCGAGCAGCUCGGCGCUUUCCCCGAGGAAGACGCGUGUCCCAGAGGGAGACGGGGAGGACUUCCGAGUACAAGAUAAAGUCGACGUCGUCUCGACGACGAUCGGCGACGCGGCAAGUCAUCCCGAAGAAGCAGCUGCCGGCGCGCUGCUCCAGCGAGCUUGCGACGAGGAGGGGGCGAGCAGGAGACGACGGCGCCAAUUGACGUGCGAGUUCUGCCGCAAGGAGUUCAACCACGCGGGCGACCUCAAUAAGCACCGGCGGACGCACACCGGCGAGCAGCCGUACACCUGCGACGAGUGCCCGCAGAGGUUCUCCUACGCGUCCAACCUGGCCCGCCAUCGUCGAGUGCACUCCGGCGAGAGACCGUUCUCAUGUCGCAUCUGCGGACGCACCUUCGCGCGCAGGGACAAGUUCGCGGCGCACCUCACCUCCGAGCGGUGCCUCGUCCAGCUUUAAGCUGGGCUCGUCGCUUGCGCGCUC